UUGUUUAUUGGCAAGUAGCCCACCUAGCUAUAUAUAUAGGUGUAUCUAUAUAGUUGGAGUAAACAACAAAGAUAGUGAGUUUUAUUUUUUGAAAGAGAAAAGAGAGAUGGAGAAAUAUGAUGUUGUGAAGCAUCUUGGAGCUGGAAAUUUCGGAGUUGCAAGGCUUCUCAGGCAUAAAGAAACCAAGGAGCUCGUUGCCAUGAAAUAUAUUGAGCGUGGACAUAAGAUUGAUGAAAAUGUUGCCAGGGAAAUUAUCAACCACCGAUCACUUCGCCAUCCCAAUAUUAUUCGUUUCAAAGAGGUGGUUUUGACGCCGACACAUUUGGCAAUCGUGAUGGAAUAUGCAGCUGGUGGAGAGCUAUUUGAUCGGAUUUGCAGUGCUGGUCGAUUUAGUGAAGAUGAGGCGAGGUACUUCUUCCAGCAGUUGAUUUCUGGAGUCUCCUUUUGCCACUCCAUGGUAUGUGUACUAUGUACCAUACAUCCUAAUUAUCAAAAUCUAGUUAGCCCUCUUCGAAUAUUCACCAAACAAAUAUGUCACAGAGAUCUGAAAUUGGAAAAUACGCUGUUAGACGGAAGCCCAGCACCCCGCCUCAAAAUUUGUGACUUUGGCUACUCCAAGUCAUCAGUGUUACACUCGAGGCCCAAAUCUACGGUAGGAACGCCGGCGUAUAUAGCACCUGAAGUCCUCUCUCGUCGAGAGUACGACGGCAAGAUGGCAGAUGUGUGGUCUUGUGGAGUUACUCUAUACGUGAUGCUUGUGGGAGCUUACCCGUUCGAAGAUCCAGACGACCCCAAGAAUUUCAGAAAAACUAUUACAAGAAUAAUGGCUACACAAUACACAAUCCCAGACUAUGUCCAUAUCUCCCAAGACUGCAGGCACCUGCUCUCACGUAUUUUCGUUGCAAAUUCCACUCGGAGAAUCAACAUAAAGGAGAUCAAGAACCAUCCAUGGUUCUUGAAGAACUUACCACGUGAACUUACAGAGGCAAAUCAAGCAGUGUAUUACCGGAGAGACAACCCCAGCUUGUCUUCACUUCAGAGCGUUGAGGAGAUCAUGAAGAUUGUCAGUGAAGCCCGGAAACCUCCUGCGGCAUCCAGGCCCCUCGGCUUCAGAUGGGGAGGAGAGGAGGAUGCAGAGAAAGAAGACGAGGUUGAAGAGGAGGAUGAGGACGUCGAGGAGGAAGAGGAAGAAGAUUAUUAUGAAGCACAAGUUAAGCAAGUUCAUGCUAGUGGGGAGUUUCAUCUCAAAUGAUGGAUUCUUAUGCCAAAGCAACAUAUUAUGUUUUACAUCUUUAAUUCUGAAUUCUAUAGCAUGAAGUUCUAACUCAUCCAACAUCAAACUACUCCAUCAAUAAACAGACUGAAUCAACUAUUACUA